AUGGCGCUCUUCAGGAGGUUCAUCGAGCCUGGCCGGCUGUGCGUUGUGCAGUACGGGCCCGACGAGGGCAAGCUCUGCAUCGUGGUGGACAUCAUCGACGGCAACAGAAUCCUCGUGGACGGCGCCGGCGUCACUGGGUGA